GAAGAAUGAAAGUCGCAGUGUCACUGUGUUGUUGGUAGCCAGUGUGGGAGGAGGUUCAGUAGACGCUCUGAUACACGGUUAUAACAGACUUGCACACACUCACUCACGCACACACACACCACCUUGCAUUGAACGAAGUGGACAUUGGAGGAUUAAGAGUGAGACGAGAGAGGUACACGUGUCACCCCCCAAGCAAGCCACACGCCAGCUGAUGGAAGGCCAGGACUAAAGGUCGAGUGGAGGGGAGAGGAGAGGAGAGGAGAGGCAGAGGGGGGCAGGAGACGGACUGGGCACGCACUAACAGUGGCUCGGAGGUGAGGGAAGGGUGGCAAGCAAGCAGAGGGCACCAGCAGAAGCACAGAGGAAGGAGUCACAGUAGGAAACAGUGCAUCUUGUGGCGCUGUGCAGUACAAACAAGAAGAGAAACAACAACAGCAAUAACAACACGGAGAGCUGAAGGGGCCAAAGCUUGAUAUAAUUUGCGUUUUGUAGUGUAGUGCAAAUUACGACAGCAGCUACGACUACAACUACUACUACUACUACUACCACUACUACUACUACUACUAUUAUUACUACUACUACUGCAUCAAGAACAAGAGGUACAGUAUUAAAAAGAAAACAAAUAGCACGGAAAAAAUAUUAAGUGCAUGAGGAACAAUAACAAAAAAAAACAAAAAAAAAAUACUAAGAACAAGAGAAACAAGAAGUCUAAAAACAGUGUUGCCAUCAUCAGCAACGGCAACAACAAACACAUCGUCAUCAGCAGCAGCAACAUGGCGCACAGCAAGCGUGGACUAGUGAUGACGGUGACGGUGGUGGUGAUGGUGGUGCUGGCCGCGACCCUCACAAGCCCCGCCGCGGCCGCCUCUCUAGGCCGAAGCACGAGGCAGCGGCGGCAGGUCUCCUUGGGCAACAUUAUGACCAUGCUGAUGCGGCCCACUGACCCCAGCGCGCCCGCCCUCGACACGGUGGAGCUGGGUCGCCUGGCGGGUUACAAGGUGGAGCAGCACACAGUGGUCACGGCCGACGGUUACAUCCUCACCCUCCACCACAUCCCGCCCUUCGCCAACCCCUCCCGACGCGCCCCUCCGCAGAGAUUGAGACGUCACAACCUCGUUGAGCCAAGCAGCAACAUCAGCGCCGGGCCCUGGGCGGCGGGGGGGUUGAAGGAGGAGUGGAGGAAGGAGGGGCUGAGGGACAAGGAAAAGGAAGGGCUGAAGGACGAGGAAAAUGAGGAGGAGGAGGCCCAGGCUGACCCGCUCGGCCUGGACGGGGCGGCGAAGGUGGUCUUCCUGCAGCAUGGCCUCAUGGGCUCCUCCGACAACUGGAAUACCAACACCAUGGAGAACUCGCUCGCCUACCUGCUCACGGAUGCCGGCUAUGACGUGUGGAUGGGCAACUUCCGCGGCAACGUGUACUCACGGCGACACAGGAACAUGACCCAUGAAGACCCGCAGUUUUGGAAGUUCAGCUAUGACGAGAUGGCCCAACACGACCUUCCUGCCAUGCUGGAACACGUGCUGGUGGAGACGGGCGCUGAGAAGGUGGUGUAUGUGGGCCACUCCAUGGGGACCACCGUGUUCUUUGCUGCCAUGAGUAGUCUGCCUGAGGAAUACCAGGACAGGAUCGCUGCCAUGGUGGCCCUCGCCCCUGUGGCCACCAUCACCAGCGUCUCCUCGCCAAUCAAGUACCUGGCGCCGCUUGUCAAUGAGCUCCAGUUUCUGCUACGAUUUUUCGGCAAUGACCAAGAAGUGAUGACGAACCGACUGCUCAUUUCUCUCUGGGACCCGUACAGGGUGUGCAGGAGCUACAUACUCUGUGAGAAUAUCCAGUUUAUGAUAACUGGAUUUGAUCCAUCUCGUGCUGACGAGACAAUGGUACCAGUCAUUUUGUCACACAACCCUGCUGGAUCUUCAACACAAACACUCUUCCAUUUUGCCCAAGGCUAUACCUCAGGGAAAUUCCAAAAAUUUGACUAUGGAACAAGAAAAAAUCUCUUACAUUAUGGUCAGGCGGAUCCUCCUGAGUACAACAUAUCUAAGAUCAAGGUGCCUGUCACCCUCUUCUGGGCUGACAAUGAUUGGCUCACAGGAGAAAAGGACAUCACUAACCUGAAGGUUAAACUACCAAAUCUAGAAGCAGUCCACAAAGUUCAUAACCCUGAAUUCAGCCACCUGGACUUCCUUUGGGCCACUGAUGUUCGGCCCCUUGUGUAUGAAAAAAUAUUUGACAUUUUGGAGGGAGUUUUACAAAAGUAUUUUUAAAUAUGAUUUGUUACAUUUCAAUUUUAAGGUAAAUAUUUUAUACAGCUUUAAAAUAUUAUUUUUUAUUUAGCUCUGUGCAUUUUUCCUUGAAUUAUUAUAAGAACUUUUGGUCAUGAGGUAAUUACUGUGGCUGUGCUAAAGAGCCUUUCUAUAACAGCUCUUUUAGUAACAUUGUUCAAUAUUUUAAACCUUUUUAUUUAAAUAAGCUUUUUGUAGUAUUUAGUUUCCGUAAAGAGAGUAUUCCAUAUGUUCAAAUUUCUUAGUGGAUUAACAAACCACUCAUUGACCAAUGCAAUUAGUGGUGUAACAUUAGCUGUUCAUUCAGAAAAUUUUAGAUAGUUAUAUCUGAGAUGGAUUACCUAGCAUCUUAAAUAAUAUAAUUAGUCAUAAUGUUAGUGGUUAAUAAUGUUUUAUCAAGGAUAGGCAUUUAAAUAAUUUCCAACACUCAGCAUCAGAAAAUAAUUAUAUGAAAUUACCAAUCAUAAAAUGGUUGGUAAUAAAAAUACUGCUGUA